CGAAAGAAAACUUGUGGAAACAGAAAUUGUGUUUCUCGCGUCAACUCGAUAAGUCCGUACAUUAUGCAUAUGAUCGGGAUUACUCUGAUUCGUGUACUUGCCAGGUCAUAAAAUUAAACAAAAAGACACGUGGACAUUAUUGAUUAGACGAAUCAAUAUCAAGAUCGAUUCAAGACUUCUACUAUUUAAAACUCGUCACCGAACCAGCCGAACGGAACGUAACAAUUUUAUUUUGGAAAAUACGUACUUGGGACAAUAAAGAAAAAACGAAACACGAUGAUUGUGACCGUGACUCUGGUGCUCUUAACCAUUCUUCUCAUUGCUUUCGCGUUGCGUCAGAAAUCAAAUCAAUUACCACCAGGUCCCUUUCCUUGGCCGAUUAUUGGAAAUCAGUUGUACUUACAAAGAUUAGAGAAAAAACUUGGUGCAAAAUAUUUGGCUCUUAUGGAACUCAGUAAAAUGUAUAACAGUGGCGUCAUAGGUUUGCAACUAGGUAGUAUGUAUACGAUCGCUGUUUCGGAUAGCAAGCUCGUGCAACAAAUCUGCGUUAACGAAAAGUACGACGGGCGUCCUUUUAAUGAGUUUACGAAGCUACGAAAUCUGGGAAUGAAAAAAGGGCUCACGAUGAACGAUGGUCCGGAAUGGAAAGAAUUGCACAAUUGGACUGCACGUGCUCUGAGAAAUGUCGGUUUCGCUAAACCAGCGAUGAUGGACCUGUUCGUGGAUGAAUUAGCGAUCAUGAUAGAAAAACUGGGAGACGGUGGCGUGCGACGUUUACGACCCGUAUUCGCGCCCGCUCUGAUUAAUGUUCUUUGGAUGCUGGUCUCAGGAACAAGGGCAUCUGCUAAUCCUUCAAGGUUACAGAGGUUCAUACAACUGAUGGAUCAUCGUUCAAUACAGUUCGAUACGACCGGGGGGAUUCUGUCCGCUUUUCCUUGGUUACGCUAUAUCGCACCAGAGAUGUCAGGCUAUAACAUGCACCUCAGGAUAAAUGACGAACUGAAGAGCUUCCUAAUGGACAAUAUCACUGAACACAAAAAGCGAUACAUUGAAGGGAACGAAGCCGACUUUAUCGAUUUGUUCAUCAAGGAGAUGCACAACAGCAAAGGACAGCCAGACAAAGCCAAUGUGUAUGAAGAUGGUAAUCUAAUUGUGACAUUAAUUGACUUUUUCAUCGCCGGUACCGGCACUACGACAGCGACAUUGGAUAUUCUCUUCUUUCAAAUAGCUAAUCAUCAGGACGUGCAACGCAGAUUACACGAGGAGAUCGACGCUGUGAUUGGUCCCCAUAGGGUGCCCACUUUAGAAGACAGAAAGAAAAUGCCCUACACGGAAGCGAUAAUGACCGAAAGUCAACGCAUCCGGAACGUGGGACCUAUAUUGCCACCACAUCGCACUGUCGAAGAUACAAUCCUUGAUGGUUACAAGAUACCAAAAGAUACUAUGGUUCUUCUGAAUGCGGAAAGCAACAAUAUGGACCCGGAAUUAUAUCCUGACCCAAUCUCAUUUAGACCGGAGAGGUAUAUAAACAAGGAUGGCAUAUAUCAAACACCAGAAAACCUUAUAUUGUUCGGCAAAGGAAAGAGAAGAUGUCUUGGAGAAAUUAUGGCAAGAUCAGCAAUAUUUCUCAUAUUUGUCGGGAUAAUGCAGAAAUAUUGUUUACUUCCGGAACCAGGUAAAGGAUACAUUAAAGGGGAAUUUAUUACCGGAUUGAUGCGUGAACUGAAGCCUUAUAAAAUGUUAAUUGUUCGGAGAUAAAAUAACAUUAUACAAUAUUUACUUAAAUGAGUUUCUUGUUUAAAAAACGUUUUCAAUUA